AAACGACCGUCCGGCAAUUCCGAAAGCUUCGAUAUUCGCCGACCUUCAAUUGGCUUCCACCUACCCGAGGGACUUGACAUGUGCCCGGCCUCUUGAUAUUUCAUCCAGCGUCCGCUUCUUCGAUUGCGCCUUCUAGCAUUCCAGGACGAGCGUCGGAGCUCCGUUACAUCGACUUUCCUCCUCCCCACGUCAGCCUCCCACACCACACCCCGACAAACGCCCACCAUGGACUACGUCGGUGCGCGCAUGGCCAAGGAGGCACACAAGGCCGCAACCGAGCCUGCCCCUCCCACCGGCAUCGUCACCCCGCUCAACCUCCUCGUCCUCGCCGUCAUCGCCUACACCGUCUACGUCAUCCUCCGCCCGUCGGCGCCGCCCGUGAUGCCGCGCGAGGCGCCCCCGACCGUCUUCCGCACCUUCACGCCGCGCACGCUGAUCGAGAACAACGGCGAGGGCGCCCGGCCUGUCUACCUGGCCGUGCGCGGCCGCGUCUUCGACGUGACGGCCGGCCGCAACUUCUACGGCCCCGGCGGGCCCUACGCCAACUUUGCUGGCCGCGACGCCUCGCGCGGCCUGGCCAACCACAGCUUCGACGAGGACAUGCUCACAAAGGACCUCGACGGGCCCCUCGACGCCCUCGAGGGCCUCGGCCCCGACCAGCUCGACGCCCUGCGCGAGUGGGAGGAGCGCUUCGAGAGCAAGUACCUCGUCGUCGGGCGGCUCGUCGCUGUCGGCGACGAGAAGGCAAAGGCCUGAGGGGUUCCGAGAUAUGCACAAGGUGGGAGGGUAGGCUGAGCAGAGAAGAGCCCACGAAAGAGACGUGAUGCUCGUAGCGAGUGUCUCUGUGAUUACUUGAUGUUGAUGCUCGGGAUUUUGAUAGACAAGAUGGUCGUUUGUUUCGUCUCCUUCGCUAUCCUCUUAACACCUACUCGACACGACGCACCACUUUUUGAGAUAACCCUGUUUCUGGUUAUCCUGCAAGUUUAAAAACAUCUCUGCCACAUGGAUACGGGAAACAUUGAAAGGUCACAAUCUGUCCUCAAACUCGAGCAUGUCGUCGUCCUCGCCUCUUGAAUCGAGCGUCUCCAUCUCGACGAUGGCUGAUCCAUGCCCCCGAAAGACGCCUUCCAGGGUUGCCGUUCCCUCCGGGCUUGUAGCCAUGAACUUCACGG